AUGAAUCCAUCUGCCUUUAUCCAGCACUACACCGCACCUCUCAAUCAAGAGGUCCAUAUAUUGGGCGCGAUAAAUCAUGUUUCCAACCGAGAUAUCUUCGCCAUCGCAGCUUUCCAAGAUACAGCUCGGAAGCAAAAGUUGCGAUCUCUACUAGCUUCCCUCGAAAAUCCCGCCGCUGUAUCGCGUCAGGUGCUUGACGAUGCCAUAGAAUUUUCCAUUCAACUGCAAGAAAGGACUCAGAUCUCGGGCCUUCCUGCCAAUGCAGGAGACAAGGAUCAGGAGGAAUGGGCCUUACAGCGCGCGGUCGUCAACAAGGUAGCGGUCGUCUUAUAUGCCCAUUCUAUGGACACGUUUCUCUCGGAAUCCAUCGAACUGGAAGAUGAAGCUGAAUGGUGGGCAGACGUUGAACGUUCUUGGACGAAUGUUUUUUGGUAUCUACUUCAAACAUUUCCCGGCCGAUGUAUUAACGUUUGGAAAGUCGUUCUGAACGCAGUUCAACGCGAACAUCCCUCGCGAUCCACUUUUACCGCUCUUCGUCAAUCCCUGAUACGGUCUCCCUUCCAGCCCUCUAUUCUUUUAUCUUCUCUCUUUCCCCACACCGCGUCUCAAGCGUCCUUUUCACUCUUCUUGCCAUUGUCCACCACGCCCGUCGGUUUUCUCCAUACUUUCAGGAGUGCCGUUAUGCAAUGUCUUCAUUCAUUAUGGCGGUUCACUAUUAUGCCGCUGGAAUUGACCAGGACCGAAUGUCACCUGAAGAAACGCGAACUACGUGACAUGAGAGAUGAAAGAGCCAAAAUCCUGGGGAAUCUUAGCAUCUUGAGACAGUCACUUGCCGAUUCAUUCCAAAGUCUUCAAGAUGGAGACGAAUAUCUGGUAUCUGAUCUUUCCGCCUUUGCAGGGGUUCUAAAGGGCGUGAUUGAAGGAAAGACGCCGUCGGACGAGUUUCAGAGCAGAGCCUCGACGCUUUCAGAUUUCCGUGACAUCCAAAAUAUCACCCUCCCUUCAUGCAUAACUGCCUACAUGACUACUCUGGAAGAGCGGAAACUCCGUAGACCAUCUCGAUUCGUACAGCUAUGGCCCGAAAAUUUUCCUGAUUCCUCCUUUAUUGGCAUACACCAUCCCGUUCUCUUCAUUGGAACGAAUGACAGUGUCAGCUUGCUAAGGAACACUUGCAUUACGGCUUCAGAUGAGUUAGCCGAGCUCUCCAAACAAGUCAAACUGGGAGACAUCACGCCUGUCCUCAAGUUGUAUGAAAACGACAUCCGAAGCCCCCUCAAAUCUGUGAUAACGGGAAAUCUCCUUCGGACGCUGUUUAUUCAAGUCCAGAAAGCGAAGGUUGAUAUUGAUCAAGCUCUAUUCGGAAUUGACAAACUAUUGAAGUCGCAAGAGCUGACAUUCGCGUUCGUCGGUGUGGCACCUGCCUUCGGGAUUGUCUAUCUUCUUGGUGGCUACAUCAGCAGAGUCUGGGCUGGUGGUCGAGGACGAGGUCGGUAUGGUGGGAAACAUAAACGUACCGGCGUUUGGUUCAUUAUGCGACGUAUCGAGCGUCUUUUAACGUCUGGACCGCAACACGCUACCUACGGCCAAGGUGUCUCGCCCCUUACAGCCGGCCUACUUCUAGUGUCCGUUGCCCAUCUCCGUGCAUACGGAGAAAAAUAUCUUCCUUCCCGUUCCCGACUCCGUGAAGGGUUUUUAGAAGAUGUAGAAGAUUUGUCGAAUCCCGAGCUUGACAGGCACGAGAAAAGAAUGGUGGUUGAAAGAAUGUGGAGGAGUUGGGGCCAUACCCUUGGAUGGGGCAAACUUGAGGACAACGAGGGAUUGAUGAUAUGAACGGAAUG